AAAAAAAUUGUGAAAAAUAUUUUUGUGUAAAAUUUGUAAUAAAAUUAAUUAAUAAAAAUAUAAUAAUGAAGAUUCAAAUUUUUGUAUUAUUUUUAAUCUUAAGCUUGAUAAAUAAUUAUCAAUUUGUUUCUGCCGUCCACAAUGGUGAAAUAAUUGACAGUGUUUCUGACUCCGUUGAAAAUGGUAGAGAGGGCAGCAAUCCAUCAUCUGAACAAUUAGAUUCAGAAGUCAUUAGAGAUGAUGUACGAGACACAUCAAUAGUAGAUGACGAUGAAGAUAAUGGCUUGUACGAUUUUAACCAACUAUUAUUGAAUUUAGGCCACAAUUCAGAAGAAGACGCUCAACGCAUCUGUAUCGGAGAAUCACAUAAGAAACGUUCGGCACCUUUUAUUAAUCAUUAUUUUUAUUGUAAAGACUCUCCUAGUAGAUUGAUGUCACUACGAGAAGCAAAGAGAACUUGUGUCAAACAAAAAAGUAAUGGUCUAUUUUACUGCAGGAAAAAUACGAGUACUUAAAAAAUAAUUUAAUCAAGACAAUUGUCAAAUUUACUUUUAAAUUUUACAAUAAACAUUACAAUCAACGCAUUCUUUCAAGAUUAAAUGACAUUUCUACCUUUAUUAUUGUAUUUUCCAGUUUAUGAAAUAAAUCCAUAUGGUAGAUGAAAAA